GCAAUAUAGAGCUUAAUCAGCAAGGAUUCAAGGAGAUCCGAGUACCGCAUGUUCCACUUGCACAUCCAUGUUAAAUUCUACCGGAUGCACAGCACGCUCGGGAUAUUUCUAUUGAAGUAGACUGCGACGCCAUGUCGCCCCCAUGGAACCCAAGCACAUCAUGGCCGGAGGAAGACAAUCCACCGAGUUACUCAGCGGCGACUCAAUCAAGCGAGACACUGUCUGGAUUGCUCGCGCCGCCUCCAAUAUAUAAUGCAAUCGGACAGAGCCGAUAUCAUGGUUCCACGUCUUCGCUGGCCCUGAGCCACUCCGAUAGCGGUACGGGCGAAGGGAAACGCAGACUCCUCUUGAUAUACAUCCACGGAUUCAUUGGCUCCGAAGAGAGCUUUCACCAAUUUCCUAAGCACGUACACGACCUGUUGACCAUCUCGCUAAGUAAAUCUCACGUGGUCUAUACAAAGAUCUAUCCUCGCUAUAAGACGCGAGGGCCGGUGCACAUCGCCCGAGACAAUUUCAGCCGAUGGCUGUCACCUCACGAGUCCGCAGACCUGGAUGUCAUUCUCUUAGGUCACAGCCUAGGAGGCAUUGUCGCGGCAGAGGUUGCGUUGAUGCCAUCUCAACCGGGACAUGUCUACGUAGGGUUGAACCAUCGAAUAUUGGGUCUGGUCAACUUCGAUGUUCCUUUCUUCGGCCUCCAUCCUCGCGUCGUGGCCACUGGAAUUGGCAGACUGUUUCGCCACAAGCCGGACGAGACCAGCGACGCGAACGAAUCUGCCGUAUCUCUGGACGGCGUCGUUAGUGGUCCCGCUACGACGUUCAAUCCUUCUUUUCAAAACGACGUAAAGCUAACGCAAUGGACCGGUUGGGAUGGUGCAUGGCAUUUUGCGUCAAAGUACUCUCAUCAUUUAUCGAGGUCCAUCUUGCAGUAUGCGUAUUCAUACUAUGAUCAUGCCGGGUGCAUGAAUAACUAUCCCGAGCUGUUCAAAAGACACAAGCGAUUAUUGAAGUUGGAGGCAAUUGAUGAGUUAACCCAGGGACAACGGCCCGGUCAUGCUCGAGUUAGAUUCGUGAACUAUUUCACCAAGAGUACGGGCACAGCAGUACCCGGUCGACUAGAUAAGUCGCCAGAUAAACACAUAACCGAGACAGAGAGCAAGGAUGAGCCUGCUCGGCCAACUUCUGUAAGCGCAACAGACAUGCUCAGAGUGAGGCUCACACCAGGUCACCAUCGGAGAAAAUCAGCACCACACUCUUCCGUGGGAGUCGCCGACUGCCCCGAAGGGGAGAAGGAAAUUAAGCGUCCAAAAUCCAGCAGCGCCGAGCAUCCAUCAUUACAUUUGGAGUAUGCGGUGACCAAGGUUGAGGAAAGCACUCUGCCGUCGGACCAAGGUCAGCCUUCCGAUAUCGACUGUGACAGAUCAAGUCAGUCUAUGGAAGCUCGCCGACAGUUCUGCUACCUCCCCAAGGAUGUAUACCUCGGCAAAGGACAUCUUUGGAUUCCAGUGCGCAUGGACGGUAUGGACGAGAUCACGGCCCAUCAAUCAAUGUUUCUUCCCCAAGGUGCAUAUUAUGACAAGCUUGUCGGGGAUACGGUAGCCCGUAUUGAAGGCUGGAUACAAGAUGAUCUGACGAAACAAGCCAUUCUACAUGGCGGUUUCUGUAAAUAGGCACACUACAAGGUUAUAGCCUGCUAAUGUCGAAUACCCCU